AAUAUCAAUACAUGUCCUGUGGAUCGGAAAGUGUUCUAUACGAUUGCAGUAAAGAAGGCUGAAAAUGGAGUGACAAUAGAGGAGGUGUGUAGUGAAUAGAAUUGUUAUUAUGGUACCAUGAAGACAAUGAAACUCGUAAAAUAGAUAAAGGUUGAAUUGGCUUUGGAAUCAGAUUAUUGUUUAUUCAGUUUCUCACUCAUUGGUGAGCGGCUGUCCCAACAGGCUAUUGCCCAAUUGAUACUAGGGGAUCCGAUGUAUCUACGAUUUUAACGUCCUUAUCCGAGAAGACGCGAAAGUCCAACCACUUACCAAUGUUAAUAUGAAGGUAGCUCUUUCUCCUCAAUUAUUUUGAGACCUUGCAUGAGUAAAGGUGCGAAAAAGGAUUGAAUCCGUUCUCCCAGCUUGAAAGGCGAGCGUGGUACACAUUCAGAAUGGGUAAAUGUGAUAUUGAAAUAAAACAAAUCUUUGGAGGCUGCCAAAUUACAGCCGUUGCAACUGUUUAGUGGAUUGAAAAUUAUUGUAGAAAUUGUGCUAUUAUAUUCACUUUCCCAAGGAAGCCAUUUAAAAUCAAAUUAUAUGCAAGUUUCUAUACGUGCAAAAUGAUUGACGUCUCUCGGUUGGUUUUAUCAGUCGGAAUUAGGCCGACAAAGGCUUGUAACAAUUUCCGAUUGUGGCGUGAUCGGUCAAUCACCAAAAACAGAAAUCUGACUUCAAGUCAGAUUCACUCAAUAUGUAUGUGAUCAUAUUGUUAGUAAGUACUGUAAGUGUGUGUGCUAAUCAUCGUUACUUGCAGCUGAGAGCUAAACUCCAUUCUGAAGUCGCGCCUCAAACAGAUCGAGUGCAAAGCUAAACAUGGACAUGGGAAACCUGAUUUGAUAAUGAGUGUGGAAUGGAAAUAUUACCAUGAUAUAGUGCCUGUUUUAACAAAUCAUAUUGUCAUAUCACAAACCAAUAUGUCACUAUAUGGAGUUUUCUUUUACUUGAAAUAUAUCAUUAUUGAUAAAGAUUGUGGCCAUUUGUAGUUGGAAAUGUUCUCUUAAGACGUCAGGGAACUGCCCCUUUACCUUGCUAUGGUUGUAACAUCCAUGUCUGCAAGAUAGCAAAUGCAAUGAAGUGCCCACCAUGAAACACCCAUGCAAGUAAAUGCAUCGAUGCAAUCUGUAAGGAAGACAAAAUUAACAUUAAAGAUCGGCGACGUGAUUUUUUCUUUCGUAAACGUUCAACUCCUACUAAACGGUCAGUUGUUCCCAAUCCUUUCAUCGCCUGCAGGUAAAGAUAACUCAACCGUGCGAUCAUAGCACAGUAGGUACAGCCAAGACCAACUGGAAAUCCAUGCUUAAAUUUGGUUAACCCCUUCUCAAAUUAUAUACGUCAACAUAUCUAUUACUCUUCCUUUCAUAGAUUAAAGUUGAAGAUAAAACUCAAGUGAAAGAGGAAUAUGAAGAUCCAACCAGUUGUGAGGUAUAACCUUGAAACAUGACAUUUUACUCGUGAGUACCCCAUUGAGAAUGCCCCUAUAUACACGCGUAAAAAGUCACAAUUAAGUUGUAACAAACCUCCGGCAGACUUGUUAGUAGCAAUGCUGUUCAAACAAAUUGUCAACAGGAUGCGUUCGCACUGCUUGUUCCCAGCUUGCAUGUAGACAAGUUGUCAACGGCUUAUUGACAACUUGCUACAAGGUUGUUGAGCUCAACAGACUUGUCACAAGUUAUUUCAACAAUUUGUUAUCAUCGUCCUGCGAUUCAACAACUUGUUAACAAGUUGUGAAUGACAAUCUUGUAGCAACUUGAUAAAAUAACAGCAUUGUUACAACUUAAUUGUUGACAAGUUGUGAGAUUUUUAGAUAUGUGUAGAACAGCAUGCACUUACUCCACGUGCCUUUUACAUUUGUUACCAAGAUUCUCCACCUGAUAAUUUCGCUUCAGUCGAAGUUCCUAGCCAGUGUAACUGUCUUUUCUAGGAGGAUCAGACGAGGGCGAAAAAGAAAAUCGCAUGCAGUUUGACUCUACUGUACCAAACACCACGUGCAUGCACAGGUUUAUUCCCCUUCCCUCCUGAGCUGUAGCACUCAUUCGGAAUUUCUGUUUCUUGUAAGGAGAAUAGUUUGGAUAUGUGUAUACGGUAUAAAUAAUUUAGGGCUUUGCCGACUAGUUUAGAUUCAUACAGUACAUUAUGAAUUUACCCUCGUUAAAUAAAGUUUCUAAUCUAAUUAGUUUGAUAUAAACCGGCCAUUUCUGAAUUAAAUUACAGUCAAAUCAGGCACGGAUUUUCUGGGGGGGGUGCGGAGGGGUGCGCACCCCCCAGAAAUGAUUUGCACCCCCCCCCCAAAAAAAAGCAUUUGGUACCCCCGCAAAUUACAUAUAUUUUGAUUUGAUAGUUUCAUAUUUGAUUAUUCUUACUACUAAAUUUGUAAAAUUACCAAUAUUAUGGUCUCAGAUCUCGCGAUGCAGGCCUAGAAAACAAAUUUUUAUAAACUUUUUCCUUGGCCUUUCCGGGCGUUGCCACCUCGCCCCGGCCAAAGCAAGCAGCAGCACCCCCCAGAUAUUUAUCCACCCCCCGAACGAAAAUAUGAAAAUCCGUCUCUGAGUCAAAUGCUCACUAACAGUGGAGACUGAGGUACAGAUUUGACUUCCACUAGCGCUACCACUCACUGACUUAGUACACAUCUGAUUGGUUAAUCCGAUAUAUCAAACUCAUUUAUUUGAUUAAUGAUCCUUUCAUGGUAUAGCGGUAGCUGUAGUGGAAGUUAAGUCUGAACCUCUCUAAUAGCCCGAGAACGAGACUAAUUUGCGCAUGGUUAGAUUCGACGUGCAAAGUUGUAUUGCUUCUAAAGUAAAUUUAGCAACUGGAGUGUAAUUGAGAAAUGGCCUAUUCAAUAUUACACUGGUUACCCAGAGUUUUAAUAAUGUCCGUAAUAUUCAAUUCAAUGCUUUAUAUUUCGUAGAUAUGUGGUAUUGGUGAUCGUGAAGAUAGGAUGCUUCUUUGUGACGGAUGUGAUCGAGGGUAAGAAAUAUAACAUUUGUGAUUUUCAAUUAAUAGUUCUUGCCAAAUUUACUCCAUAAUUCUAUUUUAGAUUGUUAGGCGAUAUUUUGAUUUAUAACAUAACAUUUAUACUACGCGAGCACAACUUUUGUGUAUUGGCCAAAGCUUGCAAGGUAUCCACUCAGUUUAAUGUUAUCGAAUUCGGUAGAAGCGGAGGUACAAAAACAUGUACAACUUCGCCCUACCACGUCAGCCAAACUAUUCGGGGCGAUCUUUUUUUUCACACUCUCGAGAAUAAUCAAUCGAGACUUUGGCGGUCUUCUCAACUUACUGUAGACUUGUCUGGUCAUAGUGCACUUUGUUUUUAGUGCGUUUUCAUUGUUUUUAUUGCAUUUUUCGCGCGUGGUAAAGUCCUGUGGCUGGUUGUAGGCCUAUAAAAAUACAGUGAAAGUUAACUGCAGUUAGUGCAAAUGGUGACCAAUCAGGAUCGCGUAUAUUUUAUAGUUAUAUAACCACCAUUUAACUACAAAAUAGUAGUUAAAAAGUAGUUAAGAGUUUUAUACAACCAGUCCCUGGAUUAUCAUCACGAGAUGAUUUUUAUAAUUAUAUCGCCCAACUCUAUUUCAGAUUUCAUCUUGAGUGUUUAAGUCCACCUCUGGACAGCGUUCCUGACGAAGAAUGGUUCUGUCGCGAUUGUUUCAUAGAUACUGCACAAGACAACACACAAGAACAUGAUACCAUUGAUUAUUCCCAGCAUGCCAUUGCUUUCUCUGAUGAUGAAAUACCAACAUUUGAAUCGGAAUCUAGACCAAUUGCUAGUAAGUGUCAUUUCAUGUUAUAAAGUCUUGAAUGUUGGUUGCAGGUGUCGGCAGCAAAGAAUACAAUAUGCGGGUUUGGAUGAAGAAUGCUACUCCCUGGUAAAAUAACAGUAACUCCAGACCGAGGACCUUCGCUCGAAGCGUCGAAAUUCUCCUUUCAAGUAGUUAAUGCAUCACUACCAAUGAAAGCUUGUUUAAAAAUAACAAUAAACUUCCUCGUUUUUGAACGAAGGCUCUUCGUCUGUAAGUCAGUAGAGAGUUUGGCAAAUACAAGGGCAACGGCAAUAUGGUCAUCAACAAUAGCAUUAAUCGUCAAAGACAAAGGCGAAUGUAAAUUACAUGGUCUUAAGCAUUGUGCAACGCCGUAGUUGUUGAAACUAGUACAUGAUUUGCAUCAUUUUUACGGUGCAUGACUACGGCAACAGUUAAUUCGUUCGAUGUUAUUUGAGGUGUUUUAUUUGAAUUCGCGGACUAUUUUUACUUAAGGGUACGUUUUAAAGAAAUAGGAAUACUUAAAAGAGGCAAAUUAAGUGUAGUAACGUAUACUUUGGCUCAAAUACAACACUAUAAGCAAUUAUAUUUUCCCCGUUGUCGUUGCCGUUCUAGGUUGCCAAACUCUCUAGUAGCGACAAUGAACGACGGCUAGCAACUCUCAGACGAAACCCUUCGCUCGACACGUGUGUUUGUUCUUCAGGUACAGUACGUUAACACGCUGCGAUUGUCAUUCUAUCGUAUGGAAAUUAAAAUUAGGCCUACUGCUGACGCCACAACAGAUUCGUACUUAGUUUUGGCUAUAUAGAGUCUCAUUUUCUUGAUUGAUGUAUCAGCUAUAGAGCCCUGUGUCUUGUUACCGAUUGAUACCAAAUAAUUCCCGAAAUGACGUGGAAAAAGUGUUUUCCCACUGAUUAUUUCUCGUUCUCCUAAACUACCACGCGUGUUUCAACAACUAUAUAGAAACACGGAAAAUGUUUUCUAAGUCUAAACACCAAAUUUUGGCACAUUCCUUGCCGCCUUGUGUUAACCACUGGACGUCAACUUCCGCCAUCUUUGGCUUCACUUUUUCUACGCGAGUUCUUAUACUCUACAUGUACAUGUGGAGUUCAUUGGUCGGAACCACCUAAAGUAUUAAAACGAGCAAGGCCCUUCUUCAGGCGGUUAGCAGUACCUUAAUGUUUUUAUCUUUUAACCCUAGUCAUGUAUUGUAUAUUACAGUUCAGCCACAAACAAUGCCUCGGCUUAUUCCAAAAACUACACCAUACAACCUACGUUUGAAGCAUUAAUAGUACCAAAACGGCCAUUGCUCUAAAAAGGAAAACGGACAAUGUGUGAAUAUAUAUCGAAGAACGGUAGUAAAAAUAUAACAAAAGGUUUAAAGGUUUGAGGGCCGGGAAAUAUCAUCGGUGUUUCUAAGAUUCAAACUGGAAGUAAUCUUGGAAGGUAGUGCCAAUAAUAACAAACCUUCAGAUUGAUAGGAUGUAACUACUGAGCUAAUAGAUCAGUGGAUUGGUUGCAUUGGAUUGGUGCAUUGGAUUGGUUUUUGCUUCUUUCGCGAAACAUUGCGGCCCAAGUGUAAACAGCUUCCGCCCUUCUAUUCCGUCGUAUUUGCUUGUAUAUAUUUACCAAAUACAAAAAUACUGCAGACAUAAUUUAAAAGAGUGAACAAGCUAUACCCACAAAUAAGAUUAGAAUAGGAAGAUUUUGUUUGUUAGACGCCAUCUUGAGUCACGCAUUGAACCGAAAAUUGCUCCGAUUGGUGUUUACAUCUCAAUGAGAGCGUUGCAAAAACCAUUCCGAUACACUGCGCACCACUUCGAAGAGCGAACCACCGCACCAUCGGUUCGUUGCAGAAAUUGAGACGAUAACAACAUUUCAUAUGUAAACAGAAGCCUUAUCCGGUAUGGUUUUUGCAUCGGACGCAAAGUGAUCCGUUACAAUGUUUAUUAUUAGCAUGACAAAAUUACUGGAUGCUGAUUGGUUGAGAGGAGUACAAUUAUUUCAUUAAUUGUACUGCAGUACAAUUAAUGAUUUUCCCAAAACAAACAAAAUGGCGGAAAGGUAUUUUGAACACAAAUGUGGAAUGAAAUUGCCCUUGAGGAAUUACAUGAAAAUACGAACAAAAGCACCAAAUUUUGCUUUAACAAAAGAACUAAAUGAAAAUACGAACAAAAGUACCAAAUUUUGGUUGAAAGUCUGGCACGACUGAGCUUUGGCGAGAGAAUAUGAUGUUGACAUUGAGAAGUAUCCAAUUUUGUCAUGCUAAUAAUAAACAAGUAAUCAUGCGAUGUUGCUCGUACAAUUAGGGAUUAAUAAUACUCGUGACGUUUGGAAGUUUGCCAAAUUGUACUCGCCCCGGCGGCUCGUCCAAUUUUUGCAAAAUUUCCAAACAUCACUCGUACUAUUAAUCCCUAAUUUGUACUCGCCAUCGCAUGAUUACCUAUACAAACAUGGCUUACAUGCAACGUCAGCAGUUCUAGCCGUGCAAUUGGCCAGUUUAUUUCAAAGCAGCUUAAUAGAAUUUUACUGAAAAGCCAUGGCGUAACAUGACGUACUAUUUUAGGUAGCAUCAUAUCUUCGAGAGCUUCGACAUCACAACGUCGUGCAAGAACUGUGGCUACAUCACGGCAGAGAAGACGAAGGAGAAGAACGACUCAAGGAAGUAGUCGAACUCCAGCACGGCGUCCAAAGAGAAAGAAGACAACAAAGAAAACAAAAUCCUCACAUAAAGGUAAUUUAAGUUCGUUGUAGGUUGGUUAUGCCUUAAAGCGAUAUGGCAAUAUAAAUUAAGUUUGUCUUAUUUGAAAACAUCAAAAUGAUAUAUAAAGUUCCUUAACAAUUAUUCCGUAUCGUGCUUGGUUUUCGAAAUAAAUAAACUUAUUUUGAUCAAAAGCAGCGUGCAUUCCGCCAUCUUAGAUAUGCAUUCGAUAUGCAUACGUCGCAAGUUCGCUUUUUACCCUAAAAAGCGAAAUUUUUAUCUUGCAAACCACAUGUCAUCAAUAUGAAACUCGAUUUUCCGAAGUCUUUUUAAUACUCGAUGAACUCACAACAUUCUAAUUUAGUGUCACAUUGUGACGUCAUCAAAAACUCAGUUAAUUAGGUCAAUUAUUAUACCAAGAUGGCGGACUGCACACCAUUUUUGGUCAAAUUAUUUCGAAAACCAAGCAAGGUACGAAAAAGUUGUAAAGGGUCUUCAUACGUAACUUUAAAAGUUCUUUCAAAUAAGACAAAGUAACUUUUUACUGCCAUAUCCCUUUAAGCCCCGAUCAAACGAGUAUUAGAAUCGACGAGAGUUGGUAGUUACGUAUUGUUAUGUGGGACAUUUCAAGCUCUAAUUAACAAAAUAAAUGUUUGAUGAGUGAUCCAUCUGCGUUUUGACAUAGAUAAAAUACAUGAUAGUAUUGGGAAAGCAUUAGCAACAGCUAACCAAGGUCGCGUGACUGCCUACCGUCAUACACUCUCAUCCUCGCCUUGUGCUCAUCGAGUUUCCCAUACACCUCUUAUAUUGCAUGUGUACUUAUCUAUCUCCAGAAACCACCCUCGGCUGCGCAAGGCAGUCGCCGCCUACGGGCGAGGGGACAAUUUCUUCCGGGUAUCGGUGAGAAAUAUUACAAAGAAGAUUGGUUUUGACAUUUUUUAUGAAGUUUGAGUUGUUCCCACAGCUGGAAGUAGAAAAUUACUUGUAGGCAUCGAUCCCUGCUCAUAGUUUCAGCGAUUUAAAUGUUGAAAGAACAUAACAUACUGGAUAUAAACUUGGCAACUGUAAUCAAUCUAUUUUCUACUAGUCUACAUCUGUUUUAAAUGUUAAAUUAUUCGUUAGGCGCCAGUACCAUGACCACGCCUACUUCAAAACCGAAGAGAAGAAAACGUAAAAGGCGUAGAAAAUCAGCCAAGAAGAAAAAAAGGAAGAUAAAAAGUGAUGAAGAUGUGCAUCAAAGUACAACAAGAUAUCUUUUACCUCGUGAGAUGGAACCAACAGCAACAUUUUCUUUAUUUGGAAGUGAUUUUGAUCUGGAGUAUCUGCCUGUAAUUGAAUCACCAGCCAGUGCCAUUACGUCACAACAGUCUUCCCCACCAAG